AUGACAAUAAACCACCUCCAACCACAACCGCCUGUGAAACCACCUCCGCCCGGUGAUGACAAUAAACCACCUCCACCACAACCGCCUGUGAAACCACCUCCGCCCGGUGAUGACAAUAAACCACCUCCACCAAAACCGCCUGUGAAACCACCUCCGCCCGGUGAUGACAAUAAACCACCUCCGCCCGGUGAUGACAAUAAACCACCUCCGCCCGGUGAUGACAAUAAACCACCUCCACCAAAACCGCCUGUGAAACCACCUCCGCCCGGUGAUGACAAUAAACCACCUCCACCACAACCGCCUGUGAAACCACCUCCGCCCGGUGAUGACAAUAAACCACCUCCACCAAAACCGCCUGUGAAACCACCUCCGCCCGGUGAUGACAAUAAACCACCUCCACCAAAACCGCCUGUGAAACCACCUCCGCCCGGUGAUGACAAUAAACCACCUCCGCCCGGUGAUGACAAUAAACCACCUCCACCAAAACCGCCUGUGAAACCACCUCCGCCCGGAUGA